GGCAGCGGCGGCCCCGCGAGCAGCUGGAGCCGGAGGAGCAGGGAGCCGAGGCGGCGGGGGGCCAGGCCCGGGGGGCCCCCACCAUGGAGAUCGAGAAGGAGUUCCACCGGCUCGACCAGGCCGCCAGCUGGGCCCUCAUCUACCAGGUGUAGAGGAUGUCCAUGAGUUAUUGAAAAGCCUUUCUCCAAGAAGUCUGAAACAAUCUUUGUACAAGGAUAUCAGGCAUGAAGCCAGUGACUUUCCAUGUAAAGUGGCCAAACAUCCCAGAAACAAAAACCGAAACAGGUACAGAGAUGUCAGCCCCUUUGACCACAGUCGAAUUAAGCUAACCAAAGGUGACAAUGACUAUAUCAAUGCCAGCUUGAUAAAAAUGGAAGAGGCCCAAAGGAGCUACAUCCUUACCCAGGGUCCUCUGCCAAAUACUUGUGGUCACUUUUGGGAGAUGGUUUGGGAACAGAAAAGCCGUGGUGUUGUCAUGCUCAACAGAGUGAUGGAAAAAGGAUCAAUAAAAUGUGCCCAGUACUGGCCACAGAAAGAGGAGAAAGAAAUGCUCUUUGAGGAUACAAACUUGAAGUUAACCUUAAUUUCUGAAGAUAUAAAAUCAUAUUACACAGUACGACAGCUAGAAUUGGAAAACCUUACCGCACAAGAAACUAGAGAAAUUCUGCACUUUCACUAUACCACAUGGCCUGACUUUGGAGUCCCAGAAUCUCCUGCUUCGUUCCUCAACUUCCUGUUCAAAGUGAGAGAGUCUGGCUCACUGAGUCCUGAGCACGGACCCAUUGUGGUGCAUUGCAGUGCAGGAAUUGGAAGAUCGGGAACUUUCUGUUUGGUUGAUACAUGUCUUCUACUGAUGGACAAAAGGAAAGAUCCUUCUUCUGUGGACAUUAAGCAAGUUCUCUUAGAAAUGAGAAAGUACAGAAUGGGGCUUAUACAGACAGCAGAUCAACUUCGUUUCUCUUACUUGGCUGUUAUUGAAGGAGCAAAAUUUAUUAUGGGAGAUGCUUCGGUGCAGGAGCAGUGGAAAGAGCUUUCCAAUGAAGACCUGGAGCCUCCACCAGACCAUACUCCUCCACCCCCAAGGCCACCAAAGCGAACGUCAGAAAUGCACAAUGGUCGGAUGCACGAACACACAGAGUUUUUCCCUAACCACCAGGUGGUAGAGGAAGAGAUCAGAUGUAUAGUCAGCGCUGUGGAGGAGACGGUACCUGAUGGCACAUUUGUGCAGCUGGGUACAGACAGCACUAGUCAAGACACUGAACUGAGAAGGAGGACUGGUGAAAAUCUGUGUGCCUCACCUCACAAAGAAGAGCCAGUGAAGUCAGAAAACGUAGAAGAGGAUGAUGAGAACAUGACGACAACUUGGAAGCCAUUUCUAGUGAAUAUCUGCAUGUUCACUGUCCUCACAGCAGGAGCUUACCUUUGUUACAGGGUAUGUUUUCAUUGAUGGACAUGUCUGCAAGAUAGAGUAUGCAGAGAACAACAACAAUUUGACCAGUGUGUAAUCCGCUUCUAUGAAAGAAAUCUUAUUGAGGCAUCUGAGCCUUGUCUCAGUGGAAAUAUACCUUAGGUUGAAAGGCUGGAACUUUUGGUUAGGGCUUAAAGAGAGAAUUGAUGCACUAGGGUUUAAUUUAGCCCUGUGGUCCCAAGAACAUAAUAUUCUAAUCUCAGGGCCUUAAAAUAUUCAGGAGUAAGCAGAGAAAAUGCCAAAUAAGUCUCUUUUUUUUUUUUCUUUCUUUUUUUUUCUUUUUUAUGGAAUAAUAGAAUUACAACACGUUGUUUUUAGCCUUUUUUAAAAGCCAGUUCUUUUUUUUUGUGUUACUUCAGAAAGAAACUAGGCACAAGUGAAACUUGCUGUACUCUCCAAGUGUUGUAACCAAAUACAUGAUUUAUAUUAUUACUGAGUUCCCAAAAAGAGAGAGAAUCCACAUAUCUGAAGAAUGUCAACUUUUUGGAAGGGGGAAGGCUCUUUUUUUUGUCUCACUUCAUCUAUUAAAGACUGAGUUGUGGGCAGUGCCUGUGGUAUUGAUAUAUUUAAUCAUGGCAUAACUGUUCUUAACUAGCUUCUUGUUUUACAUAUCUUUAUAAAAACAGGCUUCUGCAUUUGCUCAGGGUAUCCCAACAUGUCAAACAUUGUUUAAGGGGGAAAAAAUUGUAUUUCCCUAUUGACUUUUUUUGUUGCACUCUACUUGCACCUAUGCCUACUUACAUUGUACCAAUCUCUGUAAAGUUGUUUUUACCUUUAUAUUCUGGGAUGUGGGGGAGGAGGGAAGCAGGAAGAGAAAUUCAACCAAAACAUGUCCACCAGCAUUUUACAGCUGUUCAGCUGGCGUUGAGAAGGACCAGUUUUUAAAUUUCAUCAUUUGGAAUGUAAAAAUGCAGUUUCACUCUAAAUCUGCCUUGUACGAAAUAAUGUGCUUUGUGCACAAACCUGAGGGAGGAGGAGCAUACUCAAGGUUGAUGUGGGAAACUAUUUGGAAAGCAUUUCAAUAUAUCCAGAGCAAUUAAUGCCAUGGCAGCUUCCUUAACAAACUUAAAAGAUCAGCCGAAGACAUGUUGGUCUUUGAACAUACCAGUUGGCUUAUCAUGAUGCAAGCGAUUGUGUAAUUUUUUUAGUAAAGAUUUCGAUAUUGACUUUAGUUUGGUUUGAAAUUGUGUUGUUAAAUGAUUACUGCGGUAGAGGGGCAUAAGUGCCUGAGGCCUGGCAGCACUGCAGAUGUGGGUGUUCCUAUCUUAGCUUAAAGUGAGAAAAGAGCUGGGUGGUGUAGAGUAAAAAUUAGGACAAAACAACCAAACAAUGGUGACACAACUUGGCUCAGUUAGUUGUGCCGACUCGAGGCCCAGGGCUUGAAUAGUGUUAGGAGUGCAUUAGCAGAGCUGUGACUGGAAGCUUGCACUGCACUAAACCGAGUUCUCAUCUAUGCUGUUAGUCUUUUCCUUUCAUGAGUACGAAAUUCAUACAUUUUAAACAAUAAUAGAGAAAAUCUUUGCUCAUAGGGCAGAGAUUAGAAGCAAAUUUGCUACUUAAAGCGGUAGUGGUGAUAACUAAACUAGUAACAUCUGGAGAUCAGUCGUCAUAAUCAGUGCUUUUUAAAUGCAUUCUAGUUGUAUAGCACUUAACCACUGUUCUCAGUGUAAACAUCUUUAUGGAGUAUAUUGUGUAAUAGUCUUUUCACUCCAUAUUUAUUUUUUUCAAAGCUGCCAGUAGCUCUUGCUCUUUCCUUAAAUCCAUAAGGUGUUGACUUGGGGUGGAAGGGUUGUUUUUAUUUGUUUUGGAGUUUAACUGUUAAGCUUGCAUCAAGGGCUUCUCAAAAGUACAAUAAUAAAUAAAUCCUCAGGUAGUACUGGGAAUUAAAAUUUUACCUGUGAGACUGUUGGUCAGACCAGUACUUGAAAGGGGGAAUAUUGUAAGCAGUCAGUAUUUAGUAUAUUAUUGGAAACAUGAAAAAUUGAGUAUAGAAAAUGAUAUAAUAUAUAAUGGAUCAUUUGUGUAUUUAAGAUACAGUAUGUGAUUGCUUUGUCCCCAUUAUUCUCUCCAUCUGGUAGAAUAUUGUUGUAGGGCAACAUUUGUACCCCCUUUGUAUUAGAAUGCAUGUAAAGUCUUCUAGAGUCCUGAUUAAAUAUCAUGUGCUUGAAAGAUGAAAAAACUUAUACUUCUGCUUACUGAUGUGCCCAGAUAAUAUUUGCAUGAUCUGAUCAUUUAAGUGGCUGUGGUUCAAAGGGUGUUGCGGAAAGUGUCUUCAUUCAGCGAUACAUUGAUUUGGUGUGUUAUCAGGUAACAUGUACUUGCCUAAUAUUUGGCACGAUUUUCUAUUGAAUUUCUGCAUACUCAAUGUAACCCAGUUGUUUAGCAUCGUUCAUUUCAGCUAAGUAUAAUACAAACAUUCCAAAGCGUGUAUUAAGCCAUAUUCACACCUCACCUCCAGUCAGUUUUGGCAACAAAUAUCUCAGCAAUUUCAGAAUGACUUGCUGUGCUGCCUUCAGAAACUUGCACUUGGGGAAACUCACCAAUAGGAAAGGUCACCAAUAAAGCAAGGUUUCAAGUGAGUGUUUUGUGCCAUUGAGCCCUAAUUGAUCUCUAGAAACAGACUGGUGAAAUAAACGAGUGGCCCAUGAACUGAAUAGGACUUGCAGUAUUUCUCUCGAUUUGGACAAAUAAAUGUUGGAGUUGAUGAAAACAUAGCAUCCCUCCUUAGAAUCCACAGUUGUACUGUACUUGCAACUUUUUCCACACAGAAAAACUUAAACACAUUUCGCUAUACAGAGAGAGAGCCACUCUAGCUAACAUGCCCCUUUCUCCCAGCUAACUUCACUACUUGGCUUUCAUCUGUUUAAAGUCAAGGAGGCCUUGUACUGUAGUGGGAACGUACAGUGGAAUCCCCUGUAAGCUGUGAGGUGUGUGUAUAAGGCUUAUAAUGCUAAACUGUAAGCAUUUUGUUUUGAUGUCCUGUAUAUGUAUGUAGUAGUUUGGGUGUGUGUAUAUACAGUAGUGUUUCAAAGUGGGUGUAUUGAUUAACCUGUUCUUGGAAAAAUGGACAAGUAUCCAUGUUAAAAUUGUUAGAAAAUUAGCUGCUCUGCUAUAUGCCUUAAGCAAAUAUUUACUCAUCAGGUCUUUCUUUUUUACAGAUUGCCAUAGAAUAAACUUUUUUAAAAAAAAAUAUAAAAAAAAAUAAAAAACAAAAGCUAAAUGUUUUGGUAUAAUACAUUUUCAGGUAUCUUGUCUUUUGUGUAAGGCGCUGCAAUGACCUCACAGUUUUCAGUAACUGUACAGUUUUUCAAUUUCCCAUACAAAUUUUCAGUUCUCAUUUUAGUUGCAACAAUAAAAAUUUUUUAAAGAAUGGA